AUGAUGGACCGGAAAGAAGAAGAGGGACCGGUUGCCGGGCUGAAAGGAAUAGAUAAUACAGCCGCCAAUGUCAAGGAAAAUACCAGCUUCCGCGCACAAGAAACAAGAGGUCAGACGCGUAACACCACAGCCAAAGAUGCACCAUGGUUUUUGACUAAUUAUCUCCAGUUUCCGCUUACAGGCCAGCUGAACGCGCUGUUAGGGACCGGACGUCCACGUGAAAGGUUA